GUUCGGGUGCACAACAAGAUGCCUCUCAAUGCCACAGUGCACUUCCAUGGCAUUGAGAUGCACCUGACUCCCUGGUCGGACGGCGUGCCUGGCGUGACUCAGCGCCACAUCCAGCCGGGAAACUCAUUCAAUUACAAGUGGACGGCAACCCAGUAUGGCAGCUACUGGUACCAUGGCCACCAGUCUGGCCAGCUCGACGACGGCCUGUACGGGGCCAUCAUCAUCCGCCCCGGCAAGGAUCAGCCAACGCCCUUCAGCCUGAUUACUACCGACAAAAACGCUCUGAAGGCUAUUGAGAGGGCGGCUGCGGGCUCCCAGCCCCUGAUGGUGUUCGACUUCCGACACAUGCCGUCUCAGGAUAUCGCCGUCAUCACCAAAGCCGCGGGCAUCGAGCUGCCCUGCUACGACUCACUCUUGUUCAACGGCAAGGGGAGCGUUGACUGCUGGUCACCGGAGUACAUCGCCUUCGUCUUAACGUCGGAUCAGAAGACAUACCUGGGGCUGGGCAACGCUACCAGCUUCACCGCCAAGGGGUGCCUCCCGGGCAAGGUCAUUGCGGAUGUUAUUGCUGCUGGGUACCCAACCAACCUAUCGGCUGUCCCCUCUGACAUCUUUGACACGUGCACCCCGAGUAACGGCACCAAAGAGGUCAUCACCGUGACGAAGAAGCCCGGGGAUCACGAGAAGUGGGUUGCGCUGGACGUCAUCGGGACCUUCGGCCUCGUGACCGUGUCCUUCUCGAUCGACGGACUGUCCAUGUACAUCUACGCCGUGGAUGGCGAGUACAUCAAACCGCAACUCGUCGAGGCCAUCACCGUGACUAACGGCGACCGCUACUCAGUGCUUGUCCGUUUGACCGAAGCCCAGCCAGGCGACUACCCUAUCCGGAUAGCGUCCGUCGCCACGGCGCAGCUCCUCGCGGCAUCGGCGACGCUGUCUUACCACGUCGAAACAAGAGGCGACGCUCAGAACAUCCCAAGUCCCACCCGCUACAUCCAGGACAACGGCCUCCCGACUUCCUCCUCAGUAACCUGUCGGAACGAAGCCGCCUUGAUGGCUGCAUUCAACGGACCUCGGUGGUUGAUUGGUGCCAGCACUGCAACCCCUUCCUUACAUACUUAGUCCUCUCC